AUGUCGGAUAGCAGUUCAGAGGAUGAAAAUUUGGAGCUUCUACGUGAAGCAGCGGAUUCGCAAUUUAUCUGCGAUGACAUGUUUAAUGAUAAAAGUAAAAAUGGGGAUGUAGCAGUGAAAAUAGAUGUUAAUAAUCUUCCACCGUCAUUAAGGAAAAGUAAGGAUGAAGAUGAGCAGUUCAAUUUGUUUCAUGUGACACCAGAGUUUAGAAAUUAUGUAGCAAAGCAUUUAUCAAAGUUAUUGGAAGAGAAUUUGAAAAAAAAAUUAAUUAGUGUGUCUGAUAAAUGUGAAAAAAAGAAGAAAAGAAAAGGGGGUGUAAAAUUACUGAGAAAUUCUGAGGUUUUUAUUAAAAUAUCAAAAAACAAAGACGAAGCUAUAGAAAGGAAAAGAAAGGAUAUUUUACCUUGUGUAAGUCAGGACGUUAGUGAGAAUGAAUUAAAAAUAAUUGCUGUAAGUGGAGACGAUAUAUUAGAAAGGAAAGGUGUGGAAAGUUGGUGUAAACGAACAAAGAAAAAACCUUUCAAGUAUAAAAAAGUUAAGAAUGGAACUUUUCAAUAUGUACCUGACACAAAUAUUUAA